GCGAAAUGCUGCGUCCUCGGUGACGUGUGUGUCUGCAUUUCUGGAAAAUAAUCUUUACUUUCGUUUUCACUUUGUUGCUCUAAAAACAAAUAUUCGCUGUGUAUGAGCACACACCAGAGCACUGCAUUCAGUAGCUGACAGAGCCACGGAAUAGAACACCAGGCAAGAGGUUUAUGAUUGUCUUCAUACAAAAAGUGUCUGCAUUUAACCAGCACUCUGCUGUACCGGCCACAGGGUGAACCCUCGACAACCGUGAGAGGAGAGAGCAGACGUGUGUGGUGUUGACGAGGCAAGGACAGGACGCCAUUGUGAAAAGACUGUCGUGUAGUCGCUGUGUCUUGUUUUCACUCACCACCAUCAGCGACAGCACCACGACAACGACGAUGGCAAGUAGCAAUGUACCUGAUGAUGUCUGUAGCGUGUGUCUGGAGCCGUACAAGGGUCGCAACCCUAAACUGCUGCCUUGUUUUCACACACUUUGCCUCCCUUGUUUGAAAGAUCUGGAGAAACAUCACAUGGAAAUGUCACCAGAUACAACAGUUGGCGAGGAGGACAAAGAAGAAACUAAACCUUUGACUUUUCCCUGUCCAACAUGCAGAGCAGUAAUCAUAGUGCCACCUGGUGGUGUCACCCAGUUCCAGACUAAUUUUUACUUAAUCAAAAACACAUUUACCUGUGACAUUUGCGAUAAAGGAGAGGACGCCGUGUCCACGUGUACUGAGUGUGGUGACAACAUGUGUGUCACUUGCCAGCGGUACCACAACAAAUUAGCCUCCAGUCACCAGGUGCAACCUCUAACCUUUAAUUACCAGCAAGUCUCUAAAAUUAACAUUCAACCUGUAAAGGAGGGUACCAUCGCGGAACAGCUCACGGUGCUGGAGGAGGCGCUGGUGACGAUGAGGGAGGAGGAGGACACGUUGCAGCGGGAGAGACAGUCGGUCGCUGACGUCAUCACCAGGCGGGCCGACGCCGUGAGGGCGCUAGUGACGCAGGUGGAGGAAAGGAGCAAUAGAGUGCUGGCGGAAGUAGUUGAGAGUCUGGGUAAACAGAUUCAACAAAAGAUAAUCACUGCACGUGAUUGGUACUGUAGGAUCUGGCAGCUGUCCUCACAGGGAGGAACAAAAUCCCAAUUAACUUCUGUCCCGAGUCACGAGCAAACAGCUUUACUCACUGACGAUGAUGUUCAGAUGUAUAAGCAGCAGUGCAGCAGGGGCAGACAACUACAGACACUGCUGCACCAGUUUGACGACAGCGCCAUCAACAUGCAGGUCAUAGAAGCCUACAUCGGCACAGUGUCCAGUGGCACACAAUGUACAGGGGAGGACAGCAGCAGUUUGUUAUCAGCGGUUACCUGCAGUGAGACAACGCCUCUAGAGAGGCAAGUAAGUGAUACACCGCUUACGUCACUGAAGUCAGACAUGACAAAACUGACACGUGACAUUGCAGCGUUGGGAAUAAUUAGAAGCAGCUCUGAAAAGCAACAAACAUCAGUUUUAGAGCUGGAGGCUUUGAAGGGAGAAAACUCUAAUCUUCAAUUACAAGUUGUUUCUUUGAGAGAAGCCGACUCCAGGCUGCAGGACAACAUGGACACUUUUCAACUAAAUGUUGAGGAAAUUAGAGGAGACUUUUCAACUCUCCAAAAGGACAUAACUAAUAUGAAACACGAACUUCAAGCAAUUAAGGCAAUUAACCUUAAACUACUCAGCAUUCAGCAGAACAUGGACACUUUUCAACUAAAUUUCGAGAAAAAUAGAGGAGACAUUUCAAAUGUCCAAAAGGACAUAACUAAUAUGGAACACGAACUUCAAGCAAUCAAGGCAAUUAACCUUAAACUACAGAAUGAUGUUGACAGUUCUCAGCAGGAAUCUUUGUUAAUUAAAACAGAAACUAAGAAGCUCCAAGAUGCCGCUGAUGAACUCAGUAAAGAUUUCAAAACCUUUAAAGCGAGUAGUUUGGUGGCAUUCAACGCCAGCCUCCAUGAAGACAGUAAGGCAGGCUCUGUCAUCUUGAGUAAAGUUCACUGCAAUGUCGGGCAGGCCUACGACAACACAACAGGCAUUUUCACCGUCCCUGUCACAGGCAUCUACUUCUUCAUGGCCAGAGCGAUGGUAGCUGAGAAACCCUGGCGCUUUUACCUGCAGAUCAUGGUCGACGGCUUUCCAGCUGCUAUGUCAGGAUCGUUUUUCGAAAAACAGCAUCAUGGAAUAAACUACACUGUGCACCUAGUUCAGAGACUGAUGAAAGGACAGAAGAUUAUCAGUUAUUGGUGUCGUUGGCAUUGGAUAAAACAGACAUUCUUUUGCACACCCAGUACAGUCCCUCAAGACGAUACAAGUGCUGUCGACAUGUGCUGUCUAAUAUACUUUUGUACUCAAAUGUGAAUAUAAGUUGAUUAAAAUUUAUAUUUGUGGAAAUUUAUUGUACUGCUGUAUUUACUACCGAUAUCAAUAAAAGUUUUUUUUUUUUUUGUAAUAAUCAAAGGGAACAGCAAUAUCCAAGUAUCUUUUGAAUUUAGUAAUUGUAUUAUACAUUGAAUGAGUUAUUUAGUAAACGUGAAGAAUUAUUAAAAAAAAACGUUUUUUAACCUGUUUCACUUUUGCAUUUUUCUUUUGAUGUUGAUUUACUGUACACAGUGGGAUUGCUUCUUUCUCUUUCUUUUCUAAGCUCGCGUAAAUUAUUUUCUCUUAGUUUACAUUAUUCUUUAUUUGCGGUGGAGUUUUCAUUACCUAAUUGGUUACUUUACCUUUUAUUUUCCCCUGUUGAGUUUGUCGGCAACAUUCUUUUCUCUUUACCACUGCUAAAUAUAUGCUUUUGUAUUGUCCCUACGUGUGUGUGUGUUCACUGAGGAGCGAUUGCUCGCGUGUGAGACACUGUGUGACUGUGAGCGUGUCUGUGAGAGCAAGUCCCGCGACAAUUAAACCAUCUGUUCAAGAGCAGAAUCAUUCAUUAAUUUAAAGUUUGAAAUAAAAUUUGUAAACAAUCAUUUUUAGUCAGUUUUAUUUCACAUCCAAACGCUUUGAAUGUCUUACUGGUUAUUACUAUGGUAUUUAUAACAACGGGUUUGCAUUUCAAAAAAAAAAAAAAAAAGACUUUAAGCAUUUUAACUUUAACAGCGGAGGUAAAUAUGCUGUGAGUUACUUAGCUAUGAGUUUAGCUACUCAGAGUAUUACAGUUUCAUUUUCACUCUUUUUGUGCUUUAGAAUGCCAUCUUGUUUUCACAAUUUGUUGUCAUUUAGCUCGUUUCUAGAAAAAAGUGCUUCUAACCAGCGGUGAUUUCUCACUAUGAAGGAUAUUUGUAUGUGGAUCCCCUUGUUAAAUAUAAAUUCUUGCUUUCAGUGAGGCUGUAGUGGUGGUUAUUGGUGAUGUGUCUAUCUGGGCGUGCCUCUCACUUAGGCGGUGCAGAAAUAAUGGAUCACUGGUGCUGUUAUCAUUAAUCAUUUAAAUACAAAUUAAUCAGAAGUUUUCUCGCUAGAUUCUAUCCCCAUUUAUUAAUUAAUUUAGACACGCUUCUUUCUACUAAAUGUGCAAUUUUAAACGUGUCGAAAGUAAUGCAAUUAUUUUGUCACACUUAAAAUUAAAAACUCUUAGGUUUGCUCGUUUCAUUUUAAUACCUUUAUUAUUUUACGUUGUUAUACUUGUUGCAUUAGGACACAUUAGUGAUCUCUAUUGUGUCGUACGCCGAGCGAGCUCUUGAUCGUGUUUGUCACCCGGGGUAGAAAUCUUUGAAGCAUUGUUUUCGAGCCACUUGACGAGCUCCAGAGACUUCAGCUCGUGUCACUUCACCAUCUGGGUUGCUAUGGAAAAAGUGAGUCACGACAGACAGACAGACAGACAGACAGACAGACAGACAGACAGACAGACAGACAGAGAGACAGACAGACAGACAGACAGACAGACAGACAGACAGACAGACAGACAGACAGACAGACAGACAGAGAAUACACAGGUAUCGCCAGGUGUGUGUUGCCAUUUUGCUAGGGCGUUGCUGUUAAAGAUCUUCAGUGUAGAACAAAUAUUAAAAUUAUUUGUUUCAUACAGUUAAGUAAUAGAUGUGAUCUAUCAACUACCAUUAUCAUUAGUUUAAAUGGGAAGUAAUAUUGAGUACAUAGUGAUGUUAUGACAUUUAGUCAAAUGGGCAAAUACGAACAAUAUUAUUUAUAAAUGUAAUUGGUUUUAUAAAUAUAUCUGUUCAUUCUGCGCCAUAGUUGUAUUUGUUUUUACGAAAAGUAUGCUUCACUCACAAGUUUGUGAAAAUGUCAAUUUUCGCUUAAAUAUUGCAAACUCAAGGAUACGGUAAAGUUUCACAACAUAAUACAAAAUAAACUUCAACCCUUUUUAAUACCAAACAAUUAAUGUAACAAUCUGAGUCAUGUACAGUUAUCGUCAGUGAUGAAAUAAUAAACAGCAGUGUUUGAUGUGA